GGGCGCCGUGAUCUAGAUGCGCGCGUAGUGGAAGUUUAGGCGGGACUCUGGGAAACCUAGGAAACCUAGAAAUGGACUCAGUGACAUUUGAGGAUGUGGCUGUGAACUUUAGUAUGGAGGAGUGGGCCUUACUGGAUUCUUUACAGAAGAAACUAUAUAAAGAUGUGAUGCAGGAAACCUUCAGGAACCUGGCCUCCCUAGGGGAAAAAUGGGAAGAUCAUGACAUUGAAGAUCAGUACAAAAACCAGGGGAGAAAACGUGGAAGUCAAAUGAUAGAGAGACUUUGGGAAGGAAAAGAGGGUAGUCAAUGUGGAGAAAACUUCAGCCUUAUUCCAAGUCUCAAUCUGAAGAAAUUGCUUCCUGGAGUAAAACCAUGGGAAUACAGUGUGUGGGGGGAAGUCUUCAGGCAUCAUUCAUCCCAUAAGAGGGACAUCAGAUGUCACACUGGAUACAAGCCCUCUGAGUAUCAGAAAUAUGGAGAGAAGCCAUAUAAAUGUAGUCUAUGUGGGAGAGCCUUCACUUAUGUUCAGUUUUUUGAACAACGUGAAAGAAAUCACAAUGGAGAGGAAUCUUAUAAAUGUGAAGAAUGUGGAAAAGCCUUCACGUGGCUCAAAAGCCCUCAAAGACACAUGAUCGCACAUACUGCAGAUGCCCCUUAUAAAUGUAAAGUGUGUGGGAAAACCUUUAGUUCUUCAGCUUCUCUUCAAACAUGUGAGAAAACCCAUUCUGUAGAGAAGCCUUUUCAAUGUAGACUCUGUGGAAAAGCCUUCCGCUAUUAUAAAAGUUUUCAAAGACAUGAAAGGAAUCACCCUGGAGAGAAACCCUAUGGAUGUAAAAAAUGUAGUAAAGCCUUCAGGUAUCCCAGUCAUCUUCAAAUACAUGAAAGAACUCACACUGAAGAGAAACCCUAUGAGUGUAAGGAAUGUGGAAAGGCCUUCAGAUCUUACAGUUCCUUGCAACCACAUGAAAUGACUCACACAGGAGAGAAACCCUAUGAAUGUAAGGAAUGUGGAAAAGCCUUCAGAUAUUACAGUUCCUUACAAAUACAUGAAAGGGCUCACACUGGAGAGAAACCCUAUGAAUGUAAAAAAUGUAGCAAAGCAUUCAGUGCUCCCAGUUGUCUUCGAAAACAUGAAAGAAUUCACAGUGCUGAGAAACCCUAUGAGUGUAAGGAAUGUGGGAAAGCAUUCAGAUUUUACAGUUCCCUACAAACGCAUGAAAGGACACACACAGGAGAGAAACCUUAUGAAUGUAAGCAAUGUGGAAAGGCCUUGAGAUAUUAUAGUUCCUUACAAAUACAUGAAAGGAUACACACAGGAGAGAAACCCUAUGAAUGUAAGGAGUGUGGAAAUGCAUUCAGAUGUAACAGUUUCUUAAAAAUACACAAAAAAUCUCACACUGGAGAGAAACCCUAUGAAUGUGAAAAGUGUAGUAAAGUAUUCAGUACUCCUAGUAAUCUUCGAAUACAUGAAAGAACUCACACUACAGAGAAACCCUAUAAAUGUAAGGAGUGUGGAAAAGCCUUCAGAUAUUAUCGUUCCUUACAAACACAUGAAAGGACUCACACAGGAGAGAAACCCUAUGAAUGUAAACAUUGUGGGAAAGCCUUCAUUUGUCGCACCACCAUUCAAAGACACAUGAAAAUGCAUACUGGAAAUACACCUUAUCAGUGUAAGGAAUGUGGAAAAGCUUUCACUUGUCUUAGUUUGUAUCAAAGACAUGAAAGGACUCACACUGGAGAGAAACCCUAUGAGUGUAAACAAUGUGGAAAAGCCUACAGAGAUCACAGUUCCUUACAAAGACAUGAAAGGACUCACACUGGAGAGAAACCCUAUGAAUGUAAGGAAUGUGGCAAAGCCUUUAUUUGUAACAAAAUUUUUCGAAUACACAUGAUGAGAGUGCACACUACAGAAAAACCAUAUAAAUGUGAAGAAUGUGGGAAAGCCUUCAGUCAUCCCUAUUCCUUUCGAAGACAUGAAAGGACUCACUGGAUAAAACCUCUUGAAUGUAAAUAGUGUGGGAAAGACUUCAGUUGGCCCACAUCCUUACAUGUGAAAACUCCCACCGAAAAGAAAUUAGUAAAUAACAUGAGGAUUGAUGUAAAUUAAUUUAGUUAUAACAUUCUAGAAAACUUUUAAGAAUAGAGAGUUGUUAUUAAAAUAGUAAAUAAAUUAUGUUUAGCAGUUUUUUAAGUGCAUAGUUGGACAUGAGAUUUCUGCUACAGUUGAUCCUUGGAAAACUCAGGAGUGGAGGGAAUCUACUUUCCACACAGUUGAAAAAGUUGUGUGUAACCUAAGCUAGCCCUCUGCAUAAAUGAAUUCCAAGCCAAAGAGUGAAAAUACAACCGACGUUUGAACAGCCCAACUGUGGAGCUGUGCAAGUCCACAUUUUAAAUUCUGCAGAAAAGUGCACCUGUGCAUUUCAAACUCGUGUUGUCUAAGUGUCAGUUACUUUUAGAAAUAAACACUGAGGUGAAAUAAUCCUACAAUUUAUCUUUCAACAGCUACAUAACAUUAAUAGGUAGUAAGUUUUUUAUCAUCGGUUAAUAACAUUGUCUCUACAUUUUGAAGCCUGUCAGAUCCAUGGGUAAAUUCAAGAUUAUUUCUAAUACGCAAUUAGGUUUAAUUUUUAUGAUAUCUGUUUUAUGUUAAGGGGCCAUUGAAAAAUGACAGUUUGGUAUUUGUUGGAUUUUCCUAUGGUUUUUUGACAGUUCCUGGAUAUUUCUAUUCAUAUAUAUAUAUAUUCUCCCUUACAAAACUCCUUUUGUGGGGUGAUGGGUAUUUUUCCAUUUUUCAUUCUAAUAAACAAUUGGAAUAGAAAUUUAAGUAUGUUAAGUUUAUGAAAGAUUUUAGUUUCAUUGGAAUUAUUUUCAUAUUUCAGCCUUUGCUCUUUUUUAUUUCUGACUUGCAUUUGGUGAAUAGAGAGUUGGAAAUAUCAUCCCUGUGGGUAGUAUUAGGAACUAGAUUUUUUAGAAUCUAUACCCAUUGUGGUUCUUUAUUAGACAUUACCAGUAGCCCCAUAGUGUGAGAUUUAUUUGGAAGGCAGAAGCGAAGAAGGCAUUAGUCAGAUUGCAGAGCCACCGUACAGGGUGGGGAGAGGUACAUAGAUACCACCUGCCACCUCAUUUUUGUAUUCUUUGCCCUUCCAGUCAAGAGUAUCCUCAAAACCACCACCAACUGUUUAAUUUCCAUUUUUUAGGUGUAGGUUUUCACUGAUGUCUUCUCAAACUACAUCAGAGAUCCAUCAGAGUUUGGAUUUUUCUGUAAGCUGUCUUCUGUCCACCAGAAACUGAUUCAGACUUUUGUGCUUAUGUCUGAUUCUCCUCUUCUCUAGAUUAUAUCUGCAUAAGGUCUAAAUUGUAUAGGAAACACCAUAUGCUGUUAAUAGUGAUAGUACGUGUUCUUGAUUGAACAUGACAUCUAUAAUGUUGCCACAAAAAAGAACACAGGAGUUUGUUUCUCUGCUGCAUGUGCAGGGGCUGCCUUGACCAGGUCCUUCCAUGUGAGAAUCUGCACUUUCUUCCUGUCAGGAAGACUGGGUGUUCCCAGUUACUUGUAGCUGAGUAUAAUCCCUCAGUGUGUGUGUGUGUGUGU